AAUGUCAUCCACUUAGACUGCAUUGUGCAAUUCAAAAGGCUGAGAUUCCAGUGCCUUUUUUUCCACGGCCAAGAUUCAUGCAAAGAUCUCUUCGUGUUACAGCAAUGGUGGGAGCUUCAUCAGCUAUAAGAGAGGCGGAUAAAGCAAUGGGAGUGGUGAACCAUGGCCGAUGAAGUGAAGCUAUUUGGCAUGUGGGCUAGCCCUUAUAGCCGAAGGGUUGAACUGGCCUUGAAACUUAAGGGAAUAACAUAUGACUACAUUGAAGAAGAUUUGUCCAAUAAGAGUUCUUUGCUUCUUAAGUAUAAUCCAGUUCAUCAAAAGAUCCCAGUCCUUGUUCAUAAUGGGAAGUCAAUAUCGGAAUCAUUAGUAAUUCUCGAGUAUAUCGACGAAACAUGGAGAAACAAUCCGGUUCUUUUGCCUCGGGAUCCUUACGAGAGAUCCAUGGCUCGGUUCUGGGCUAAGUUCAUAGACGAAAAGAUUUUGAUCACCACAAGGAAGAUUAGUUUUACAACAGGGAAGGAACAAGAACAGGCCAUGGAAGAGCUAUCUGAGCAGCUUAAGUUGCUAGAGAAUGAACUCAAAGGGAAGCCUUAUUUUGCAGGCGAGGCUAUAGGAUACCUUGAUAUUGUUGUUGCCAAUUUCCUGGUGUUCUGGUUUAGAAACCUGCAAGAAGCUUUGGGAAUCAAUAUGUUCACAAAAGAGAGAUUUCCAAUCAUAUUUGAAUGGAUCGAAAAGGUGACUACGAUGGAUGUUGUCGAAGUAUGCCGGAUCCCGAAAGAGAGACAUCUUGUUUAUAUCCGGACUCGACUCGAAGCCAUAAAGUCUGCUUCCAGGUAAAGCCUAUAGAACGAAACUAUAUGCUUUCUAUUAUGGUAUGUGUUCUGCUUGUUGAAGAGAAUAAGAGUUUUCUUUUGUUGAA